AAAUACAGAGAGCGACUUCAGUGACGGUGAUCAUACAGGGCGAGGGAGGAGGGGGGGGCGUUUCUUUUGCAGUGGAGAAGACGCAACUCUUGCUUCUCUUUCGCAGCUUCCGCUCGCGAUCGGAGCUCUCAUCUCUCUCGGUACGGGUCUUGGAUCUUCCCGUUUGUCUUGCUUUGUUCUUUUCUUCGGUCCGUUCCAUGGUUUUUAGCGAGUAAUUUAGCUGGAGAAUCGGAACCACUUCGCCCUCGCCCUCUACGAUGUCGAUGCAACAUCGUGCUGUGUUCGUCUCUUGAUCGUUGUCUUUCGCUUCGACCAUCGUAAAAAUCGUUCCUUUGAUGCAGAUUUCUUGUGGGUUUUGAUCGGUUGGCCCCUGAUCAUCUGUCCAGUUUGGAAAAAUCCGAAGGAUAACAAAAAGAAUGAGUAAUUGGCCUACAAAUGGAGGCUCGUGCUCGUCGUCGAACUUAUCGGCGUUUGCGCCUCCUUUUACGAUCCCCCAGUUGGACCCAUAUCCCAAUUCGAUACCAUUUUAUGUGGAUUCUGUACAGCCGCCGUUUGAUCAAGGACCCGUGAAUUCUUCGCACAACACUUGGGUGAAUCCAUGCCCUCCUAAUGCAAGAACUGAUUGGUUUCCCGCAUCGAACCUGGAGCUUGAUAUAGGGACUUAUUUAAAUGCCUACGGUUACUCGGGUGUGGAGACUGUUAACGGAGAAAAUGUGCCUUUACCUUCAUGGAACUCUGUUGAUGUUGGAUUGAAUGAUAAGUUUGGUCGUCGUUGCGAUGCCUUGAGGAGGACCGUCAUGGAAAGCGAUACGUGUUACCCCUUCUAUGGGUCGUCUGGGGGGGUUCAGGGUGCUCCCUCUGGGCUGGCUAGUCAGUGUGAUUAUGGCAGAAUAUCUUCUCCCUUUGAUGCAAAUUUUGAUAAGUUGCCUCAUGAUGAUCAAAGCAAAAGUGUGAGUUCGGGAGAUGCAGCUGAAUCAAGUGGCCUUUGGAAUGAGCAUCCACUGAGACAUCAUGGUAAAAGUGAGGAAAUAGGUGGGAGUUACUGCUUGAAGGAGCCAAUUGCAGCUCCAUUAAUAACUGAAACUUGUCCGAACGGAGGAGGUUCUCAUAGUGAUGGUCUUUUGAGUUGGGAAAAGCAUGGAGGAUUUUUAAGCGGAAAACAUGUGGAUGCAUCAAAUUCAAGCUUGGAUUUGCCUAGGGUGUUUCAUGAAACUCAUCCUCGGGCAGCAAUACCAGAGUUAUCUUCGAAUCUUGGGAAGAAACAGUGGCCAUACGCUCAUAUAGAUGAAAAUGUUGCGGUAAAUCAUGUUUCAAGUGCAUAUGGUGGGAAUAUGAUUUUGGAAUCUUUUGCUGCACCCCAGAUGGGACCUCCAGCUGAUGGAUUUGUCUCGGGAACUGGUGAAGUUUUAUUAGGAGGUCAAACGAAGGGUAGACACAGUGCUAAUGAGUAUUAUGCUGGUGUUAUUCUAUCCAGCGUCAAUGAGCCUCAGUCCCUGCAAGGUAGUGAAUUACCACUUGAUGGCACCAAUCUUGGGAAAGGUGGGCUAAAGCGUGGUUCAUUCAUGAAUGAUGGUAACUCUGUAGUGAAAUCUAUGCCUGCACCCACAAUGGGAUUUCCAAUUGAUGGUUUUAGGCCUCGAACUGGUGAAGUUUCUAUUGGAGAUCACGAGAAUGGUAGAGAUCGUGCUAAUGAGCUCUAUGCUGGCGUUAUGCUGUCUAAUGUGAAUGAGCCUUGGUCUGUGCAAGCUUUUGGAAGCAAGUCACAGCUUGAUAGUACCAGUCUUGGGAAAGGUGUGCUACAGCAUGGUUCUAGUGUGAAUGAUGGGGACUCUGUUGCCAAAUUAUUGCCUGCAACCACAAUAGGAUUCCCAAUUGAUGGUUUUAGCCCUCAAACUGGUGAAGUUACUGUCGGAGAUCGCAAGAAUAGUGCUAAUGAGCUCUAUGCUCACCUUAUUUUGUCUAAUGCAAAUGAGCCUCUGUCCGUGCAAGCUUUUGGAAGCAGGUCACGGUUUGAUGGUACAAGUCUUGGGAAAAGUGUGUCACAGCAUGAUUCUAGCGUGAAUGAUGGGAACUGUGAUGUGAAACCUUUGCUUGCGCACACCGUUGGAUCCUCAUUUGAUGGCUUUAGCUCUCGAGCUGGUGAAUUUUCUACAGGAGAUCAUAAAGAUGGUAGAGACUUCGCUAAUGAGUGCUAUGCUAGCAUUCUGCUAUCUAGUGUAAACAAGCCUCCACUCGUGCGAGCUUGUGGAAGUGAAUCACUCUUUGAUACUGCAGAUCUUGGGAUCCACCUAGGAAGCAGUGAUUUUACCUUUGAGGAACCACGCCAUCCCGAAGAUGAUGACUGGUCAAAUGGAAAACGUGAUUCUAAAGAUGCAUUUCGUCAUUUAGCUGGGGCAAAUUUUGGAUUUGAAGAUUCCUUGACAUUGGAUCAAUUUAAGUUAGCACUUGAGCAUAAUCGCACUAUGCAAUUUGCUGAAAAGCACAUUGUUGCUAAAUCUGGAUCUGGAAAUCCUUAUGUAACAUUAGACAGAUUUAGUUUGCCAUCGAAGGUUAAUAAUGCCUUGAAUUCUGCUGGGAGUCCCUCUGUGGGUUUAUGUCAGUUUGAACAUGCUGUGGACUCUCCUUGCUGGAAAGAAGCAAUUGCACACCCAAAGCACGGGGAGGAACCAGAACUAAGCGGUAUUGAUCUGCUACAGGACCUUCGAAUUGUUGGCAAUACCUUAUAUCCUACUAAGGUCUCCUCUGAUAAACCAAGGGCAGGAAAAGUACUAUAUAAAGGUGGGUGUAGUAACAGAACUUCAAUGUCACCCUCAGUGCUUCAUGCCUUUGUUAAUCCGUCGGGCAGAGAGGGAAGAUCCAAUGAUACUGAGGAUAUUUGCUUGAGUGAUUUAGAACAUGUACCAUUUUCUAAUGAUGAUGGGGAAUCUACUGGACAUUGCAUUAUGUGCCAAGAAUCAAUCGGUGAUUCUAGUGCUAAACCUUCUCAUCCCACACAGCAGAGUUCAGGAGAAGGUGAUGUGACUUCUGACAAAGGGCACAUGCCCACCCAUCAUGUCUCUGAUGUGAGUACAAAUGAGAAUGAUUCUUUGAAAAUGGAUCCACCUGCAGGGUUGCUCCUUUCUAUGAAGCAUGUGUUGGAAUCAACCACUGCAGUAGACAAUUCUCCUGGGCUUGCCAAUUGGGAUAGGGGAUCAGUAAUCCCAAAGAUGGAUGGGCAGAUGCUUGUUUCAACUUUGCAUAAUCUGUCGGAGUUACUUCUCUAUUCAUGUUUAAGUGGUGCCUACGACUUGAAGGAAAGAGAAACUGAUGUGAUUCAAAAGGUGAUUGAUAAUCUUUGUGCAUGUUCAUCAAAGAAUGUUGAGCAGAUGACUACACAGCCCAAAAUACAUAAUUCUGAGGAACACACGUACAGGUGUUUUGGAGCAUCACCUGAUCUUGACAUGAGUGCUAGUACAAAUAUUCCUCCUGUUGCCAGUGCAUUUUCUGUUAAUAUUCCAAGUCAGAUUGACAAUCACUGUGCCAUUGACAAGAAGAGGCAACAUACUGGGUUUGAUAAUGAGGAUGGAAGUUCGUCUGAACUUUCUUCCUCUAGGGAUAAUGCCCUGAUAUACAAAGACGAUGCCAUGACUCAGGCUAUCAAGAAGAUUCUCAGUGAGAAUUUUGAGGUUAAGGAUGAUUCACAGCCACAAAUAGGCUUAUUUAAGAAUUUGUGGCUUGAGGCAGAGGCUACUCUAUGUUCCAUGAAUUACAAGGCUCGCUUCAACCGCAUGAAGAUCGAGAUGGAUAAGUCCAGGUCCAAAGAACUGAAAGAUUCACUUGGAAAUACUUUGGAUGUGGAGAACUCAUCAGAUAUUGGAGUCUCUAUUCAAUCAAAUGAAGAUGAUAAAUUGUUGGUUGGGACAAGGAGCUGUGAAAAGCCUGAGAAGCUGAAUGCCUUAGUUCAGAGUCCGACUGUGGUCAGCACAAUUGGCAGCACAAUUGAUCCUACCAACAACCUUUUAGCUCUAAGUUGCCGGCCUCAUAACUCAAGCACUGAAAGUACUCCAGAUGUGGAGGAACAAGGGCCUCUGAAAGUUUCUCCUGGUCUCAGCAGGACUGCAGAAUUGACAGCUGGAACAUCCAAAGAGAAUGGUAGCCUCGCACCAGAAAUCUCUCUGAGUUCUCCUGUAACAGGUGCGAUCUUCUGCACUGACGAUGUAGAGGCUUCUGUUAUGGCCAGAUUGAAAAUCCUGAAACGAUGGGACGAGAGCUUAAGUUCUGAAAAUCAGACACAGAUUCCUCCAGAUUCAGUUGAUCUCGGGCUCGCACUUAAAGAAGAUCGCUUUCCAGUUGCAAGAGAAAACUUGACCGAGGAAAGCACGAACCUUUCUGGUGGCAAGCUGAAAAUGGAGUCUCGAGGUGGUGUUGGAGAUAGUCAAAUACUCCAUUCUCGAACAAAAGAUGAGCUCAAAAACCCACUCUCUGCAGGUUGGCACGACUGCUCAUCGGACUGGGAGCAUGUGCUGAAAGAGGAGAUUCUCGGCAGAGAUAUUGAACCUUGACUUCAGGAAAUGAGUUCCUCAGAAGUGACUGAUGACCUCUUGAUUUACUGGAUCUAUAUCUCUUCUAUCUAUGUUAUGUAGAACACUCUGUGUUGACCCCGUGAAUUGCUCUUAUGGAGCUGUUUGGUCUCCGAACUUGUAGAUAGCUUUCAAACGCUGGGUCUGUCUUAAAGCUAAAUAAGUCAAGUUGCGCUUGCAUGUGUUUUGCU